CAUUUUAGCCGCGCUGCCAAUUGGACGUCGUUUGUCGCGCUCGCAUCUGCACACAUACAGCAUAUCCACAUACAUAUCUUCAUUGUCGCCGCCUUGCCACGCUACGCCACGCCACGCCCCGCCGCGUCCUGCCCAAAAGCCAAAAGCCGCAGCCUUUGUACACACAAUUGCUCUAUUUGUGUGAGUCUGCACUGUGUGUGUGUGCGUGCAUGUGCAUGCGUGUGUGUGUGUGUGUGUUGAGCUUGCAAAAUCUGUGUAAAGUGAAACGUGAAAACUCUUUUUUUUGGCCCAUUGCCAAAUUUUGUGCAUUUUAUUUUUAAUAUUCAAGUGAAACAGUGUGAAUUUUAAGCAAUUGUUACGCUCCAAGUAGUCAAGAUGGGCAAAGCGGAGUGCAUUAGCUACGAUGACAAUCAGCUGCCAUAUAUUGACCUGGGCAGUGCCCAGAUACGCAUGGAAAAGGAGCAGGCGCCCGACUGGGCCCUGAAGAAGGCACAAGAUGAGCUGCGCGAGCUGCCCGGCAUCAAGGAGCAGGCCAUUAAGGAGCUAAGGGAGCUCAUACAAAAUGAAAAGUACCUACACUUGCCACUGGAUGAUGAGUACAUGAUGAUGUUUCUGCGUCCUUGCCACUAUUAUCCCGAGAGUGCUCUCAAGCGCCUCAAGAAUUUCUACAACAUGAAACUAAAGUAUGGCAUUGCAUGUGAGAACAUUGUGCCCGCCAAGCUGCGCAAUGUGUUUGAGGGUGAAAUCUUGAACCUGCUGCCCAACAGGGAUCAGCAUGGCCGUCGUCUACUCGUCCUGGAAGCGGGCAAGAAAUGGAAGCCAUCGAAGGUGCCGCUGCCGGAUCUGUUUCGUGGCAUACAGCUGACCGUGCUGGGCUCCAUGGUGGAGCCAUUUUCACAAAUCUGUGGCGCCGUUGUCAUAAUUGAUAUGGAAGGUCUACCUUUGAGCCACAUAACACAGUUCACACCAUCGUUUGCCGCCAUGCUGUUGGAUUAUGUGCAGGAGUGCAUCUGCAUGCGCCUGAAGGGUGUUCACAUUGUGAAUAACUCGUACAUAUUCAAUAUGCUGUUUGCCAUAUUCAAGCCCUUCAUUCGCGAGAAGCUGCGCAAGCGCAUCUUUUUCCACGGCAAGGACUGGAAGUCUUUAACCACGCACAUUGAUGCCGGCGCCCUGCCGCCCAAAUAUGGCGGCACGGCCACCUGGGAGCUGCCGCCUGGCAAGCUGCUGGGCGAGUUCUUUGAGUGCUACUCCAAGGAUUACGAACAGGCCGACAGCUAUGGCUACACUGAGGACUACAAAAAGUCAAAGAAAUAAUUGGGACAACUCUUCCAUACCUCACUUUUGAUUGGUUUGUAUCUUAAGUCUGUAAGUUGGGUCAUUUGUGAUAUUGCAAAUAUUGUUGUACGAUUGUAAUUUGUAGUUAUUUGCUCCAAAAUUGUUUAAAGCUAAAGUGUUUUUAAGUUCAAGUAUGAUCUGCGAUACGAAACGCACACAACACGCUACAUAGAGCAAAGACUUUAC